AUGAAAAGUCUGUAUACAAGUAGCAAUGGAACUAAUCUGAAGUGGUUCAACAAGAAAGUAGGAAAAAAGAAGAAAAGUUGGCACGACACGCCGACGGCGGCACGAGUAGGUGCUCUACGUGAUUUGACGCAGCUCCGCGAGGGGAGGGGCGGAAAAACCUGACGGACGCCGCCGGUAAAACCGCGCUCCGACGACGAUCUGCACAAUUAUGCAAACAUCUUAUAAUGUUAUCAAAUGUGAUGCGGAAGGCUUACAGGUGGCGCCCUCUGUCGGUUUUUUUCCGCUUUUCCAGUAUUUGCCGGUGAUCCUUAGGCGUUUUGUUUGGCCUGUUUCUUGGCAGAAAAAAAACAUUUUUGAGAGCGUGAUGUUUUCAAGAAAGCUUUAUUUACAUGACGUAUGGGAUUUUCUGAAUAUAGGCUAAACUGUUCUUUCAGUUGGUUGAGGAAUUCGGAGAAUAUCAAGCUCACAAGAGUUCCAUGACCAGAGACUGGAACUUUCAACCUACACUGCUUUCAUUUAUUAAAAUGGACAGUUGGUAAUUUUAUGCUAAACGACAAUUUCACCUACAGACUGAGAUUUGGAUCCGUUGGGAAACCUUUAUUGAAAGACUGUUUCAAGUAUUCAUUUCGUGUAAAGUCUUCACUCUUUCGUGGUCGCUCUCAUUCCGAGGCUCCUACUUAUAGGACGGUUUCUGUGCUUCAGCACAAGAUCCGCUACAUUUUGAGCUCGUCAAGGCGCAACUAGAUGAUCUACGCGCAUAAGGACGAGCCGAACGACCGUAAUACCAUGAUUUCAACUUGAUCAACUGCACAUUUGGACUUCAAGUUUGCCAAAAGCGGUUUUUUGUGAUAGCUUCAAUGUUUUUCUCUACCGCCCAGUCAAUUGAAUCCGAUUGAAGUCCUCAGUAAGAUCCAAAUUCUAAACUAUUGAAAAAAAGAAAAUAUGGAGAACCACUGGAAAAAACUCCGUCAAAAAUCAAACUCAUCUAUACAGUAGGGUUACAUUCAUUUUAUUCAGGAACACGAUAAAAAUGCUUGAAAUUAUUCAUUAUGCUAACUUUCCUACUCCAAACGCGAUUAGAAAAAAUUAAACGAGACCCUCAAAAUCCACUAAAAGUUCUUCAGAAAAUUUAUAUUUCACAUAAACUUAGAUCGUUUUUUUUAAAUUUUUUUCUUUAUUUCGUGUUCCAAUUUCUUAUUGACGCAUUAGAAAAUAUGCUUUCUAUUUUGAAUCGGUGGGACGUUCUCAUAGUUGGCUUUAUGAAAAGCUGUCAAACUCUUACAUUCUUGAGCUUUAUGAGUUUUCGUGUAUUAAGCUUCCUGAAAUGAAAUAGAAUUCGAUAUAUUUCGCUUUAUUUUGUGAAAUGAUUCUUCGCAAUUUUCCUUUGUUGGCUUCUCAUUGAAGAAAUUUAACUCCGUGGUUUGGCUUAGUAGGCUUCAUUGAAUCUUUUCAAAGUUCAAAGGUUGAGCAAACAGAAACUUAUUUCUGAGCUAAAAAGAGAAAUUCCAUGGUAACGGAACGCAGUGUUCGUUGGAAGACAAAAUCCGUGUAGUUUGCCGAGAAUACUCGAAAAAAAGGAAGAGUUGAGGGCAAACGGCGGCGUUCCGGUAAUGAUGGCAGUCGGCCGACUGUGUGCAUGUCGGUUGUUUGUGUUAUUGCGCUGUCCGUGCGUUUCAAUUCCGGUCUUGUAAGCACACGCGACGUGCUUGUUCUUCCACGGAGGAGACGCCGACGGCAACCUUUCGAACUCGCGUCUCUGAAAACCUCAAGUGACGCUCGGCUUGACAGUUUCGCGCUCGUUAAAUCUUCAUCUCGACGGGAACAAACUCAUCUGAAACUUUGGAAAGCUGAGCCGGUCGACUUCAGAGACAAAAACCAGCAUGUGAAUAUCAGAGAAAUAGCGCUGAUGCAGGGUUCUGGCCCAUUAAGAAAAAACCCCUAGGGAGGUCAUUUUUUAACUCUGUGGUUGGGAUUUUCCUAGAAACUAAGUAGUUCUUCUAUAAGUUUCAACCUGCACAGCUUGCUCGUUUUUAAGAAAAGACGGCUUAAAGUCAAAAGAAAACCCUCCGACUAUUUUGAGGCUUUAAGCCCUUUUUUCUGGAAACCCAGGAAGUUGUGCAGGUUGGGACUUUCAGGAUCUUUAUCUGGUACAUCCAGGAGCUUUCUGGCCGAUUUUCAGGAAAAUCCCAGCCGCAAAGUAAAAAAGACCCUCCUCGUAAAGCUUAGAGAUUUCCUCCUUAUUGAUCGAAACUUCUCCAAAGGAACUUUCUGGACUCAGCAAAAUAUAUGUAUAGGGCUCGGCUUGAACUGAACAGUUUUUUGAACCCAUGGGAUCAUUAUUCGACCUGGGGUUGGAGCUAAUAGCUUAUUUUUAGAAAAGUACAAAGACUGUCGAUGUUCUUAACAGCGUAGUACUAUUUAUUCAGCCGUUCUUUUUGUUUUACGAAAUUGCCACAAAGUUCAUCAAGUGUUUACUCUCCCUAACAUACUUCAAAAUGUUAAAAAAAGUUCAGGUAAACUUUCGGAGAAAUUUUGGGGUUCAAAUAGAAACUGAACUGAUCAAACAAGUGAAUUUGCAGGUCAAGACCGCUAUGGAGUAAUGACCCGUGUUUACUACAAAGAUGCCCAUGCAGCCGUCAUUGUCCUCGAUUCAACAAGGUUUUUUUACUGUGAAAAUCCGAAAAAAAAAUCAGAAAUUCUAGAGAGCGGACCUGGGAAGGAGCUUUGAGAUGGAAGGCCGACUUGGACAGUAAGGUCACGUUGGCUGAUGGGACUCCGGUACCUGCGAUUCUCCUAGCUAACAAGGUUUCUUCCAUUGUUGAAAUGCGUUUCAUUGCGUAAGAAUGUUGACUUGAAUGUAUGAAUGGAAAAGCCAGUUUACAGCAACAGAAAAAAAUAUUAGAUAUUCAAAGGAAAAAUCUACAAAUCUGGAUCAGCAAAGACUUUUUUUUAAAAAAAAAAAAGACAUGUUACAGCCCAUUUUUCAUUAUUUUUCAGUGUGACGUUGAAAACUCUCUGACCGACGAGAAAUUAAGUGAAAUGCAAACGAGCAACGAUUUUCUGGCAGCUUUUCAAACUUCCGCCAAAGACAACACUGGAAUCGAUGAAUCUUUCAGGAUGCUCGCCAACACGGUAGGAUUUCUUCUGCUUUAUUUCAUCUCUACCCUUCCCAUGUGAUAUAAUUUCCAGGCCGUUUCAAUGGAAACUGGAGGACAAUACGAGAUACCCUACGCCGCUAGAGAAGGAAAUGUUCGACUAGGAAAUCAUGAAGUCGAGCAACGCAGCAGCAAUUUUUCGUGCUGUUAACUGUUGUUUUGUUUUUUGGUUGAGUUUUUGGCUCGCAUUGUGUCUGCUCUACAACUUUUGUAAAUAGAACUGAAUUGUUAGAAAAAUUGAAUAAAGGUGUAAAAAUUGAAAUAAUUUGUUUUGUUAAGUUUAUCCUUUUGAAAGUCGGCCUCGUCUCUCGAAACUAAGGGAGCCAUGAAAACUCGAAACUUUUUUUUUGCAAUUUUCUGGUUCAAAACCAUUUUUAUCAUUUUCAUUGAAAAGAAGCGGGUUGAAACGAAAAUUUCUAAAGCUUCUAAAUUGAUAGUGUUAUAGGGUUUUCAGAUUUGAAAAAAACAGAAAAUGUUAUUAUGAAGAAAUAUAAAAAAAUUUUUGCUGUAUACCGCUGAACGAAAGUCUCGGGAAUAGGAAGUUUUAUUCCGAUUCCGAGUUUGUCAAAACUCAGCUUCACGGUUAUUUUUAAAGCUUAUUCUGCUAUCAGUUUCCAGGUUCGAACAAUUUUUCUUUCAUCGCCCAACGGGCGAAAGACUUUUAACUUAAAAAAAAAUGCAUCAAGAAGCGGAAGAAAUCUCAUGAUUCAGUGCUUAUGUUCAUACAACUUUCACUACGUAUUUUGCUCCAUCCGGUAUUGGUAAGAGAAUCUCGUCUCAAGUGUGCGGCAGAAUAGUGAAACUGUCCAAACACAAACGGCCUCAUUUUGGAAACCCAUGCAUUUCCUUUUACUCAUCACCAAUUUCUUCGUUCUGGUAUUUAUUUCGUUUUUUUCUUAUUCUCAACAGUCUCUUUAGGUUAACACUCAGUUUUACUGUGCCGACCAAAUUCAGAAAUGCUUCGACCUCGUUUUUGAUCAAUCAAAUGAGAUCAACAGGUUGAAGCAGAGCGCUUUCAAAUCCUGUUUUCGACGAGCUGCGUGGGUUUUUUUCGAAGCUUUUUUUCUGAAAAAAGUUUAGUAGGAGGAAGAUUAGAAUGGAAAAUGAUUUCUGAUUUAAAGAGGCCGACGUGAGUGAAUUUGGAAAUUUUCGCCUAUUCAUGAGAAUAAUGUUGAAAUAUAGUUUUCAUGAAAAUCUUAAAAAACCUAGACUGGUUCGUUUUAGAGUGUAAAACCUUACUACUUCUAAUUCUUGAACUCAGUUUCAAAACUCCGAUCAGUCAUAUUUUUAUUCAGUUGCCACGAAGAGAAAAAAUCGUUCGAUGAAUGUUACGCAGCAUCACUUGACGCGGUACACUUUGACGCCGAAGGGACAGAUACUGACGGACACAAAAAAUCCAAAGAGAUGUUCUUUGCUGAGAAAACUCUGAAAUACAGAGCUUCUUUGGAUCAAUGCUUUGUGAGCUCACCUUUUGUACCGCGAAGAAGCCGGUUUGGUCCGUCUAUUUUAGAUGGUAUUUUCAGAACAAAAAUAAAAGAUUGAGUUGGAUUUCCAGAUGAUGCAACCUAUGCAAGGGCAAUCUACGGCUACGAACUUGCCGACGAGCUUUGGGGCCUUCCAGAACUGAUCGCGACACGUCCGAGUUUAGACAGCAUUGGAAUCUGCCGUAGAAAAGUUCUUGUGGAAAGCUCAGGCUGAAAAAACUGAGGAUUUUAGGAAGGCAUCCUGCGAAUAUUUGGAAGCGGAAUUAGUCGAAUUUCAACCGGAGUCGAUCCUACAAGGUGAGGAAAUAUUUUGGUUCAGCUUGAUUCUGAGGAAAUCCAACACUUCUAUCGCAAUUUUCAGAAACAACAUUUCCUCUUCUUGCAUGAUAGACGACGAUGAGUUGAUGUGUUAUCGACAAACGCUCAACUUCAACCAGCAAUUCGUGCAGUUGGUCUAUAACAGAGACUAUACGUUAAGAUCUUGCAUCGAAAAAGUAAGUAAAAAAAGAGCUUUUUUUCAUAAAGACGAAAAAAAUUUUGCUUGAUCAGGAAAAAAAUUUUGCAUUGAAAUGCUUCUUGCUCGAAAUUUUUCCUGAAACGGUAUAUAAAAAAAUUAAUAUUUUAAAGAGGCUUGAAUCGAUUCGAUAUAGCGAACAAUUGCUGUAUGUGGUCAGGCAAAAAAAGAAAAAAAGUAGGAUAUAAAACAAAAAAAACUUUUUUUUAAUAAACUCUUCGAAACAUAAAUUCAAUCACUUUGAAACAUUUCUGAGUGUUAAAAAUUACGUUUAUAAAAAAAUCCUAUAAGCUUUUUCUAUGCAGAAAAGGUAUUAGAAUUAUUAAUUGUAGCAUCCGGCAGCAGACGGUCUGUAGGAUGAACGACGCUUCUCGGCUGCGCGCCUGCAUUUGCAAUCUUCGUGAGCAGCUUGACAUGGACUUGCGCUCAUCCAUGCUCGAAUGCGUUCAAAACUCCGCCAAAAAGCAAACAAUCGAUGUGCAGAUCAGUACGAGCCUUGAUGAGGCUGUACUGCAGGAACAAGUUGAGCCAAGCAAGCUCAAGUUCGACACACCGGGUGAUUUUUUUCACGGAAUCAUUGAUUGCCUUAAAUCUUAAUAAUUAUUAUUUUAUUUUUAAAAAUAUAAAUAAGUUAUAUCUUUUCAUUGAAGAAUUUUCUAGGAGCAGUAAUCAAUGGGCAAUGCAUGUGCUCCUGCGAAAGAGAACCUACUCCGGUCAUUGAGAAGAAAACCAUCAUAACAUUCCCAGUGGACAAUGAUGAAAAUAAACCAACGAAUUCAGGCUCCGCUCCAGUCCUUCAGGUUAAAUUUUUCUCUUUUUUCAAAUAAAACUUUAAACAAAUUUCAGAAUGCUCCUCGAUUCAUUCAACCACAUGAAGCCAUCGGAAAAGUUUUCUGGGGAAAGAAUUCUUCGCAAGAAUAUCGGGACAAAAAUUGA